UAGAGAAAACAGGUUCCCCGGCCAAGUGUGGAGUGUGCCACCGUGUUUGUAACACAGAAGAUUUGAAGAGAUAUCAUAAACUUAUUCAUUCUACUCAGUUCAAGCAGGGUCAAGACCAGGGAACCUGUAUUCUGUGUGGGAAACAAGUAAAGAAGGAUUAUAUUUUUCAUCAUUUGAGGGAGGUGCAUUUUGUGGGAAUGAAUAACAAGUACAGCUGCAACACAUGUGGCAUGAAUUUUGUCCGGAAAGAAAAAUAUGAAGGUCACAUGAGUAAAGUUCACGGAGCUCCCAUGAGAUACAUCUGUAAUAUUUGUGGAAAACUGUUCAGCAUAAAUUCAGACUUAUACAAACAUAGAAAACAGGUUCAUUUUUCUCUGCCCGACCUUCCCUGCACUGUGUGUGGAACUCUAUUCAAAACUAAGGAGCGACUGAAACGUCAUCAAGUGUCGCAUCUUGCAACAAAACCCUGGAAUUGUGAUCUAUGUGGGAAAUGCUUUACACGCAAAGACAAGUUGAACGCGCAUACAAAAACCAUUCAUAAUUCUGGAAGCCUUCAGAAGAGCCAAUAGUUUGAGUUUAAAGGAACUAGAGGCGUAAUUUCAAGUGACUCUUAAUUGAAUAAGUGGCCAGUCGAAUUUACAAAGACGUCAUUUAGAACAUUAUCUUUUUUAGUAAUUCUGACUUUUCUUUAUUGUCUGUGUUGCCUAAAUCCGCAAGUCACUUUUGUAGAGAAUCCACAACUAUAAUCAAUUAUUAUUAUUAUUAUUAAAGAUUUAUUC